AUGAAGCGGCAGAACGUGCGGACUCUCUCCCUGAUCCUCUGCAUGUUCACCUACCUGCUGGUGGGCGCCGCCGUCUUCGACGCGCUGGAGUCCGACUUUGAGACCUCCCGCAAGCGGCUGCUCAACUCCAAACGGAUGGAACUGAAGAACAAGUACGGCAUGAGCGACGAAGACUACAAGGAGCUCGAGUGGGUGGUUCUACAAGCCGAGCCGCACCGCUCUGGGCACCAAUGGAAAUUCGCCGGCUCCUUUUACUUUGCCAUCACCGUGAUCACGACCAUAGGUUAUGGCCAUGCAGCUCCAGGCACCAAUGCUGGCAAAGCCUUCUGUAUGUUUUAUGCAGUUUUGGGCAUUCCACUGACCCUGGUGAUGUUCCAGAGUCUAGGCGAGCGCAUGAACACCUUUGUCAGGUACCUGCUGAAAAGGAUAAAGAAAUGCCUUGGAAUGAAGAAGACUGAGGUCUCCAUGGAGAACAUGGUAACAGUUGGUUUCUUUUCCUGCCUGGGAACCCUCUGCAUUGGAGCAGCAGCAUUCGCACACUUUGAGGAUUGGACCUUCUUCCAUGCGUAUUAUUACUGCUUUAUCACUCUUACCACCAUUGGAUUUGGGGAUUUUGUGGCUCUGCAGAACAAUGAAGCGUUGCAGAAGAGGCCUCCAUACGUGGCAUUCAGUUUUAUGUACAUUCUCGUUGGACUGACUGUGAUUGGAGCCUUCCUCAACCUAGUGGUCUUGAGGUUCCUCACCAUGAAUUCAGAAGACGAGAAGAGAGAUGCAGAGGAACGUGCCGGGAAUAGGGAUGCGGCUAUGGUGGAGAUCAGGCGUGAGAGUUUGCCAGACCCUGUCUCUGACGUCGGAUCUCUUUGCUCCUGUAUGUGCUACAGAUCUCAGGAUUUUGAAAGCCGCAAUGGAUUGCACCCUUGCUCCUUUAGAGCCCACACCAACCCGGUUUACUUCAACUCCAUCUCCUUCAAGGUGGAAGAGAUGUCAUUGAGUGCACAAGAGAACUUUGCCUUCUCCUCCCCUGGAAGCACCACUUCCCUUGGAUACCCAAGCUUCAGCCAGCGCCUCCGAACCCGGCGGAGGUCAGUGUGA